AUGUUUUACGUGAGCGGCGUAAAAAGGAGGAGGAGCAGCAGCAGCAGCAGCAGCUCAAACGCGCUUGGAGAGGGUCCUGGUAGUCAGCGGAGGGUGCUUGGGGUGUCCACAGGCGCGGAUGUUCGUUUUCUCGGUAGACUCAUGCGGAAUCACAGGUUUACUUCGUACGGUUUCCAGUCUGCCUCUGGCAUACGAACUAUCUUGGCGAUUGUGGGCGACAUCCCACUGGACGCGGUUCUGCCACUUUGCCGCACCACGUAUGAGGCGGCGUCUGCGGCGCUGUGCAACCCGUUUCGAACCCCACGCAUGCACGCACGGCUGCUGCAGUCGUGGUCUAAGUCGGAGACACGAGAACCAACUCUUUUGCCGGCGGAAUACGCGGAGAACUUGCGGGCCGCGCCGACGCCAGAGCGAGUGGCUGAUGAACCCUCGCUGGCCUACUCGCACGGGUUUAGGCAGCAGAUACGGACAAUUAUUGAACCAUUUACGGUAACCGCGCGCAGCAGUUUUGUGUGA